GAGAAGCAGUGAUCUGUAAAGUUUCGUUGGUAGCGCUGUAUGUGUUAGUCAUCAACAGAUAUUGUGUCAGAAGAAUCGCAAAAGUUUGUUUUUACCGUGCUGUAGUUUGAUUUUUUGCAAGAUGUAGAUUAUUCUUCGUUCAGUCUAUAUUUGUAAUUUCUAAAGAGCACAUUUGGUGUGACGGAUUAUUUACUCGCUGCAGCACUGACAACUCCUCAUGUUGGUUGUGAACAUAGGCGUUUCGUGUUAGAAGAAAUAUCUUUUAAAGCUUUUACAACGGGAAGAACAAGUGUGUGUUCAUUUUCUUAUCUAAUAUGACUUUUUAAGAAGUUGAAUUAUUUUACUAGAGCCUGCCAUGUUACAGCUUGAUGAUGCUAAUAUCAGAUGAAUUUGGUUCAACCACGUUACGUGUAAUCUUGUUUCUGAUUGGACAGUAGACUUGGAACAUUGUUCAGCCUUUGUAGUUAUUAGUUGAAGUCAUGGCAAAUCAAAAGCACAGUACACACAGUCCUGAAGAUUUGAAGACAGACUCGAUUCCUGAUGCACCUAGGGAAAUCAUUAAUGAUCAAGAAACUGAUGCAUCUCAUACGUUACCUCCCAAAGAGGAGAUUAUAAAUGAAGAAAGGAAAGCAAGCCAAAAAAGUAAUAAUAAAACAUACUUAAAACUGCCAAAAGAUCUAUCUUUUGUAACAAAGAAGAAAUCAAGUCCUAAAAGUUUACCAAAGUCUCCAAAAAGUAAGAAGGAAAAAAAGAAAGCUUCAGGUGUAUGUCCAGAACCGUCUACUGUUGUAUACCAGAUUUCAAAUUCUAAUGGAAUCCGCAUAGGACCAGAUGUCAAUCUGACAAUUGUGCAAAAUUCUCCCAGUACAAAAACUCAAUCAGCUCCUAAGGAAAACAGAACUAUAAGAGGUUUACAAGAAAGUAAGCAGCAAGUAACCCGAGAACAUAUCAGGUUGGUUGCACCCCAUGUCGGAGAACAUUGGAGAGAAGUUGGUAGAACACUUAAUCUCACCGAUGGAAGAUUGGAGCAGAUCGAGCAAGAUCAUUACAAGGAAGGAAUGAGAGAGGUGGUGUAUCAGGUUUUGUUGGAAUGGAUACGAGUGAAUGCAAGUGAGGCAAGGCUUGGAGAGCUUACUAAUGCUUUGUGGAAAUCAGCUGAAUACAGUGCUGUGAAAAAACUGGCAGAAUGGGCAAAAGAAUCUUCCCUUUUUUAACUAAUAUCAGAUUAAGUGCAUAGUAGAUUAGGCACUGGAGUAUGUUCAUUGCUUACUUGAUAUACCCAGGUUUUAAUUAUCACGAAACGUUAAUACAUAAGAUGCAUGUUGACUUUCUUACAAUUAUUUUUUAUUGUGUUUAGUUCUUCUGUGUUUCAAAUAUGACUCAUUCCUGGAUUUAGUGUUAGAAACUAUAAGUUAAUAAUUAUUACAUGCUGUUUUCAUGAAAAAUACAAGAGUCUUACAUAAAGAAAUUUAAGGUUGUGAAAUUUCAUUGUAACAUUCUUGAAUUUUUUUUCAUGCCCUGAAUCAGUUAAUUAAGUAAAUAUAUUUUAUUGUGUCAGUAAUCUGAGAUCUGAAAAUGUUCAGGAUUGUUCACAACAAAACAGUCCAUAUUUUAAAAAAUAUGGUCAUGGUCAAUUUUUGCUUAGAACUAAUUGUGUAUGUUAUGCAGUGUCAUUUGGAUGAGAGAAUGAACAAAGGACUGUGAGAGAUGGGAAGCAGUUUCACCAACUUGUGUGCAUAUUCUAGAGGUCCUCUGUUGCGGCUGUGAAUAUAUCCAUUACUCUUACUCCUAAAUCUUGACAAACAUUUUUGAUACAUACAAUUUCUGACAUGUAAUGUCAAUAUUCAAGCAUUGCUUCUUUGAAGUAUAGGCUUAACAUUGUCACCACCUGGUCUCUUUUCUGCAAAUGAAAGUAAAUCGAGGCUGUGCAUAUCUCUAAUGGUAUAUCCAAAACUUUCUGACAUGUUCAAGCAUUCACAGACUUGCUCAGCUUAUGAGGCUGAUGCAGGCUAGUGGAUGAGCUAAAAGACAUUUCACUUGUUUAAAUUAAACUGUUUAUUUACCAUGAUAUUAUGAUGCUAUUUAACAUCUAAGCACUCUGUAAGGAAUCCAGAAUGGAUGAAUUAUUUAUGUACAUGUUUUGCUUCAAGUUUUCCCAGGGGUAAAAAUCAAAAUAUUCAGAUUGGGGGGCCCAUGGUGGUCUUAGUCCUAUAUUGAUUUUAUGUCCGUCAACACAUUCCUUGAGCCCGCAUGAAAUUUUCUGCAUUGUCAUUUUGAAAAUGUGCAUCAUUUUUUUCUUCUGCCAUUAAUUAUUUGAAGACAGACUGGAAAAUAUAAUCCACAAACUGCUGAAUUAACCCUCAUAAUAGAAUGUGGGACCAGUGAUUCUUCUAGUGCUCACAUCACACCAUAAAUCAACUGUUUCACAUGAGAUUCUGAACAAGAAAUAUACUUUUUUUAGUGUUCCUCACUAUGGUUGGACACAGACACAUAGAAUGCUCAUAGCUAAAUAGUCACAAGAGUGGAGAUUCAUGAAAUUGAAAUGUGUUGAUGUUAACAUGGCAGUGAGUUUUGAGACACUGUUUACCUGCAUGCCCAAUGCUGUGUGGCUCAGCAAAUUCUUAGAUGUAAUGAAGGCCAGAUUCAAAUGAUAUGAAUGAAUGUCAUGUUAUACAGACUUUCAUUUUAUUCAAAACUUUAUUUAUUUUUACAUAAGGGGUUUGGGUUUUUUAUGUAGUAAUAAGAUACAUAUAUUAGCAUUCUUUUUACACAAAACAGUUCUUUUGGUUUGUCAAAUGACCAAAAUAAGUAUAUUUGUUAUUAUCAAUUGAUAAAUUAUGUGCUUAAAACAGACAAGUAGUCACUACUUCCACAAUAGCUGUUGUAAAUUUGUUCCUCUAAGUACAUCACACUUGCCAUCAAGAGUUCAUUCCAUGUUCUGUUUGCAAGUUGACAGAUCCAGGUGCUUGCAUUUUUUAUUGAAGUAUUUUGUAAAUUAUGCAAAGGUACUAACAUGAAAUUGAGCAGCAGUUGUUAGUUAUAUGUAAAAUAUAGUGAUUUCUGGUAUUAGUUUUCAUGGGACUAAGAAUAAUUAUUCAAUAAAAUAUGAUAAAUACAUAUUUUAAAAAUGGGACUAUAUGAUCUGAACUUUAUAAAUCUGAAAAUGUCCUGACAAAAACACGCUAACUAGGACAAAUUGUUAUGUUCAGAAUUUGGUUUAGAUAUACCAAAUGUUAAGUUUCAUCCUUCAUUUUGCAAUUGCCCUUUAUACAUUAAGGUAGUGUGCCUGUUGAAAAUAAAUGGCACACCAAACACUUCCACUUUAGAUUUAUCAGUUCUGGGUAAUUUUUGAAAAAUUUGUUGUUAGCAGCCUCAGUGUAUAGAUUAUACAUUAAGACAAGUCUGGAACCUACUGGGUUUCAAAUCAAACAAGGUACAGAAUGUGCAGCACAAAUGCCAUGAAUGUUUAAUGAAAGCAAGGUGAAUUAAGUUUUUAAGUAGAGUUACGUAUAACCAUUUAUAUUCUACAUGAAACAUUUUGUUUACUUCUGAACAUUUUCUCUGAAAUAUCAUCACCACUUGAUAUAGAAAUACAAGUAACAUUUCUACAGUUCAGUACUGUGACUGAAGCUGUAAGGCAUAUAUACCAGUGAGAUCAUUUUCAAAAAGAAUACCUCAGAGGAAAAUAGCUGUAACUUACUAUCAGAUAAGUUUUAUAUCAAAUGGCAGUUGCAACAUAUUCUUUGCAUCUUGUACUGUUGAUUUCAUUGGCAGAACUUAAAAUUUCUAUGUACUACUAAAUAUUAUUGAGAAUUGUAUUUUAAUAUCUACAGAAUAGCCUAAUUUAAGAGUUGUUUACUUCUGAGGUACAGUGGUUCCAAAAUAACUAGAUAUAGUUUCCACACCUUGUGUUACAAACAGUAAUUUAAUUAUGACAAGAGGAAAAGAUGGGUGUGAGCUUGUAUGUUCUCACCACUGUCAAUUUGUUUCAUGCACUGAUAUUUGAGAACCACCAUCCAAGACCACAUUACUGCAUUACUCUUACAUACCCUCCCCCCAUUUUGGAGUAUUACAUAAUAUUAUUGUCUUGAAAUUUUAAAUAUUCACUUGUAUAUUCUUAAUUUUAAGAAUUAUAUUGGUACUUAUUUGUUUUAUAUGCUUGUUAAUUCAUAUUAUAAGGGAGCUGUGAUAAGAUAUACUUUUAUUCAAUUUUUUUUCUAAUUAAUAAUCAGAUAUUCCUUCUCGCUGUAGUCAUCUUAUAAAAUACAAGUUGUUUCCAACAAAUUAUGUCCUGAAAAUAUUAUCCAUGUUGUUACAAUUUAUUACAGGUUGUAUGGAGUGUUAUCUGUGGUCUAAAUAUCAUAAUUAAGUCAGUACUGGAACCCUGCACUCUGUGGUUGUUGCUAACAUUUGAUAAAGAAAGCAUGUAUAAUAACAGACAUGUUCAAGAUCUGAGCUAGUACUAAACUAGUUGUGAUACACUCAACCUGGGCUCCAGAAAUACACUUAUCACAGGUCAGGUUACUGAGGCUGGUGUACUUUAUUAUCUUGGUUUAAACAUUAAAAAAUGAAUAUACAAAUGGUUA